UGUUAUAGGAGGAGAUUGCAUCCUCGGCCACUGCGCUCACGCUACCAGUGAGGGAGAAUUAAAGCCUGAGGAAGAAAAAAAAAAACACAUAGCGGGUACAGCAAAUAACGUGCCCAAAAUGGAGCCAUUAAAACGGGAUGGAGCAGCUUUACAGUGUGAGCAGGCGACAGCGGGACUGGAGCGAGGAUGGUGCCUAAUAUAAGCCUCAGCAUCUACAGCCCGAUCGCAGGAAAUAUGAGAUAAACGCAGGUUGGGGAUGGACCCGGUGGAAGAUGGUGACAUUUGCGUGUUAGUACUGCUUCCUGGAUGCGACCUCUUCGGCUAUUUUGGCGUUUCUUAAAGCCUGUGUGGCCUCAGUACCGCUGUGUGGAACACCUUUUCUUUUACCCAAGUAAUGCUUUGCAGUGAGGGCUAAAUUGAAUCGAUGAUUAAUUUAUAACCAAUACACGGAAUAUCGCCCUCCUUAGACUUUUGCCUCAGGGAUUUUUUACCAGCGAUCGAUACUUGUCAAAAACAUGCAGGCAAAUUGUGCGAUACUUGUUUCCUCCGCCUGUAGAGAGCCUCGCUAUGACCGCCCGGCAAGUCCACAUGAAUCUCAGAGCAAGUUGAUGAACUAGACUGGCCGGCCUCGGCGCGGGGAUCAGACAUACAUUAAGCCUCAGACAGCAGCGGAAACUCGGAUCAUCUCUGGCAGAGCACCGCAGCCCGGAACGGAACAUCCGUCUCCGGUAUUUGGUCGGAUUUAAACAGAACUUGCUGCUGAACAUUUUCAUGCUUUGGUAACUGUUGAGGUUGUGAAGUGAUUCCUUUUUCUUCUUUUUUUAACCCCCUGAGAAAGACCUCCCCAAUAUGACUUUUCAUCCAGCUGAAACGCAGCUGGGCUGUUUUACUGGGAAACUUUCACAACAGCAGCUGUUGGACUGGAUGUCUGAAACAUGAGACUUGGAUAUUAGCAUACUUGUAGUUUUGCCAACACCCUUCCCAGCAAAUACAAUGCAUUGAUUUCCUCCAGUUCCCGCAUUGUAAAUGAAUCCGUGGAUAUAUUUAUUAUUAUGACUUUUAUUCCUGCAAGAUCCAUGCCACCAUCACUAUCAGCUGUCUUUAUGGAUCAUAAUGCUUUUGUGCUGUGCUGGAGGUGUUUCCUUAAACUGCUGAGAUGCUGAAAGACCAUUUCCUUCUGCUUCCCAUCUUGUCCUGCUUUGGCUAAUUGAUUGUUUUCCUGAGCAUGUGCAAAGACACUGGGACCCAGGCAUGAGACUGCACAGACUGGGGAGAUGUGUCAGAAGGAAUGCGGGAGGAAUUGUGAGUAGCAAGACAUGGUGCAGAGUGUUACAAGCUUAGAGUCUACAGGAGGGAGAAUUACGAGCCUUUGCUGUGAGCAAAUUGCAUUUCUUCCUCUCUGAGAGCGAAUGCUGAAUGGGAAUCAGUGCGACACGCAUCACAUUACUAUUUAGAUUGAGAACUUAUCUCCCUGUGCACUGUGGGACACCCCUCCUGCAUACUUAGCCACCUGCAAGUUACAUUUUUAUAUAUCUUUAAUUCCCUGUUGCUGUAGUUUUUUCUUUACCUUGCCAACUUGGAGGUCUUUAAAAAAAAAUGGCAGAAGGUUUACAGCGAAUACAAACACAUGAUAUGCUCCAAAGAACCCCUUUAAUCUCAAUGUAUCUCAGUGUGUCUCACUGAGUACACGUGUGGAUCCCUUGUCAACAUUCGUGCUUUAGCCAAAAGCUAAACAAACAUCUUCCAAGACUAUUUCCUCCUAUCGCCGUGGUGAUGGGGAGCUCGGCCUCGUCUCUGACCGCAGAGACAGAGUCGGACCAUGGCUUCCGCAGCACCCCGUACCCGUCCUCGCCCCCCGUGGGCUGGCUCAGGAACAGCCACAGCAGCCCGGUGUGGGGCACCACCUUCAUCACCCGUCAGCAGCAGCACCCUCUGCCUCACCGGGAGCGCAGCCACUCUCACUCCCCUGGCUCCAUGGCAGCGGCGGUGCGAGGCAGCGAGUGGUCAUGUGGACGCUGCACCUUCUUAAAUGCCGGCGCCGCCCCUCGCUGCUCCAUCUGUGAGGCGCCGCGCCAGAAACCCGACCUGAACCAGAUCCUGCGUCUGAGCAGCACCGAGGAGCACCGCUGGGCCUGCCCCCGCUGUACGCUCAACAACUCCCAGGGGUCCGGAGCCUGCACCGUGUGUGGCUUCGGACCCUCCCCUACCACCCCUACCCCCCCUACCACCACCAUAGCUGCCACAGCCAACGGCCUCCCACCUGCUCCCACCGAACCUCCAACACCUAUCAUCACCCCAAUGGUUCUCCUCGAGCCCCAUGGACAGCAUCCGGCUAAAGAGGAAGUGCUGCGCCGAUCCGAGAGCAACGGAGAGGUGUGUGUCCUGGAGGGGCAUCACUCCGGGUGGGCUUGCCCUCGCUGCACGCUCCACAACACCCCCGUGGCUCUGUCAUGCUCAGCCUGUGGCGGCCCCAGGAAACUGUCUUUACCUAAAAUCCCCCCUGAGUCGCUAGUGGUGCCUGAGGUGCGCACACCUGUACUGGGGUUUCCCGUCCACAUAGCAGGGGCUGCCCCGCUACUUAUAGACCUAACGGACGACUCACCCCCGGCCCCCCCCUGUGACCCUCAAGAACCUCCGAACGUCCUCUCGCAGCCCCUCACCUCCCCUUUUACGUCCUUCUCCUCCUCCCUCCAUAACAACCCUGUGCCCCGCAGCAGGAGAGAGGUGCCCCCCCCAGGGCGCCCUACAAACCCGGGCCCCAACACCCCCAGCCCCACCUCCCCUUCAGCAGCCGGUGUGCCCCCUCAGCCAGGCCCACAGCGGCCGGCCAAGCCCAAACACGCACAACCCCAGGAACCUUCGUACCCCAGCAAACGCCUCAGUAUCUUGGAGGAAGAAGACCACCCGCUGAACCCCCAUCUCCCUGUUGCUUCCUCAGGGGCCCCCAGCUGGAAGUGCCCUAGCUGUGCCCUGGCCAACCCAGGUAGCUCGUCGAAGUGCGACACCUGCCGCUCCUCCAGAGCUGGGGCUGACCUCAUUGACCUGGUGGGCUGUGAGUCGGUACGGUUUACCCCCGCCAGCCCCUCCAGCCCGGACUUCAGCACCUGGGCCUGCUCCAAGUGCACGCUGCGCAACCCCACAGGGGCCCCCAAGUGCUCGGCAUGCGGUUCCUCCAAGCUGCACGGCUUUCAGGAGCAGCCCCUGCCUCGCUGCUGCACACACUGCGGCGCCGCGUCAUGCUCCUGCACACCUUCCUCCUCCUCGGGUCAUAAAGCACGGAAACAGGCCCGGGGCUACCCUUCCUCCUCCUCCUCCUCCUCCUCCUCUGCUAUCGCUUCUUCCAGCUCCUCCUCCAUCAUCUCAUCGAGCCUCCAGGAGAAGGUGGGACAGUGGAGCUGCCCAGCAUGCACCUUGCUCAACGACCUCAAGUCCAAGAACUGUGCAGCGUGCCACACACCGCAGCAGUACCUCACCCUCCGUAAGGUGGUGAAGCCCCUGAAGAGGAGGGAGAGCAUGCAUGUGGACGCCCGGCGGCGAAAUGAUGAAGGCGAGGCCAAGGAGCUUUUGGAGAACAUAGUCAGCUUCUGCAGAGAGAACUCGGUGAACUUUGUGGACGACAGUUUCCCCCCCGGUCCUCGCUCCGUGGGCUUCCCCGAGGGCGACAGCGUCCAGCAGCGAAUCAAAAAGUGGCUCCGCCCCCACGAGAUCAACUGCAGCAACUUCAAAGAUCGAGGCGUCAAGUGGUCCGUCUUCCGCACGCCACGGCCCUCUGACAUCCUGCAAGGCCUGCUGGGAAACUGCUGGUUCCUGAGCGCGCUGGCGGUGCUGGCGGAGCGUCCCGAGCUGGUGGAGAGAGUGAUGAUCACCAGGACUAUCUGCCAGGAGGGGGCCUACCAGGUCCGGUUGUGUAAAGACGGCACGUGGACGACGGUGCUGGUGGACGACAUGCUGCCCUGCGACGACUACGGAUACCUCCUAUUCUCCCAGGCUCAGAGGAAGCAGCUAUGGGUGGCGCUGAUAGAGAAGGCCCUGGCCAAACUCCAUGGCUCCUACUUUGCCCUGCAGGCGGGGCGCGCCAUCGAGGGCCUGGCCACGCUGACGGGGGCCCCCUGCGACUCCCUGAUGCUGCAGGUCAGCUCCACCAACCCCCGGGAGGAGCCCAUCGACACCGACCUCAUCUGGGCCAAGAUGCUCAGCUCCAAGGAGGCAGGGUUUCUGAUGGGUGCGUCUUGUGGAGGAGGCAACAUGAAGGUAGACGACGUUGUGUACGAAUCUCAUGGUCUGCGGCCCCGACACGCGUACUCCAUCCUGGACGUACGAGAGGUGCAGGGUUACAGGUUGUUGCGGCUGCGUAACCCGUGGGGACGCUUCUCGUGGAACGGAAACUGGUCGGACGAGUGGACAGAGUGGCCGCAGAACCUGAGGCACGAGCUGAUGGCCCACGGCAGCAGUGAGGGGGUCUUCUGGAUGGAGUACAGCGACUUUAUAAAGUACUUUGACUCAGUGGACAUCUGUAAGAUCCACUCUGACUGGCAGGAAGUGAGGCUGCAGGGCUGCUUCCCCAGCAAGGCCAGUGGCCCGGUCACCGUCACAGCGCUCACCGUGCUGGAGAGGACGGCGCUGGAGUUUGCUCUCUUCCAGGAGGGAAGCAGGCGUUCGGACACAGCGGACAGCCACCUGCUGGACCUGUGCAUCAUGGUGUUCCGUGCGUCCUUCGGCAGCGGCAACAAGCUGACUCUGGGCCGCCUGUUGGCCCACAGCAAGCGAGCCGUGAAGAAGUUUGUGGGCUGCGAUGUGAUGCUGGAGCCGGGGGAGUACGCUGUCGUCUGCUGCGCCUUCAACCACUGGCAGAUGAACGUCAGCGGGACGCCAGUGGGAGGUCCACCCACACCCAUCUCCAGUCCUACCAGCGCAGCAGCACGGCGGCCCAGCAACGACUUCCCCGGCUACAUCCUCGCCAUCUACAGCUCCAGACAGGUGAUGGUGGAGCAGGUGGAGGCCAUGGCCACCACGCUGGCUGACGCCAUCAUCCUGCUCACGGAGAAUAAAGGCGAAAGACAUGAGGGCCGCGAGGGCAUGACGUGCUACUACCUGACCCACGGGUGGGCGGGGCUUAUCGUGGUGGUGGAGAACCGCCACCCCAAAUACUACCUCCACGUCUCCUGUGACUGCACUGAUAGCUUCAACGUGGUGUCCACGCGCGGCAGCCUCAAAACCAUCGACAGCGUGCCCCCUCUGCACAGGCAGGUGCUGGUGGUGCUCUCCCAGCUAGAAGGAAACGCCGGCUUCUCCAUAACACACCGCCUAGCUCACCGUAAAGCAGCCCAGGCCUCUCUGGGGGACUGGACCCCCACCAAGGCCACCCACAGCCCCCAACUCACCCCGGACAUCGACGGUCUGCACCGCCCCCGGCCGCUAUGACCACCGCCCUCCGUCUCACACACACACUCAGACUCUUACCCAAUGAACUGUCAGACCACUGGAAAACCAGGCGGGGGGGGGGCGGGGGUCGUGUGCAGCCCGGAAUGGUGGAGAAAGAUGUGUAUUUCUGUGUCCCUUUGGGUAAACACACACCUUGAAUGUAAAUGGGCAGCGUUUGUGUGUCCUUCUAAGGCUCCAUAAAUGCUUUCAUCCGCAAUCUCCCUCGCCAUAGGGGACGUGCCAUGUCAGGAUGAAAUGAGGGAAGCGGGGGCCACGUGAAGUGACCCCGGACUUACUUAAGGAACUAUUUUUCACCCAGGGGCACCUAACGGGAUCCAGUUCAGACUACUUAACAUUCUGGUACGAGCGCUGUACGUGGGAAGGGAUGUCCUAUAUCCUUCACAGGAGUCAGGGUGGAGUGCCGUAACUACUGAGCCAUUUUCCGGCCCACAAACUAUGAGCCAAUCCCCCGCAACGAUCAGACACUAACCCCCAUGUCGUCUACGAGGACAGCUAACUAAGCCGGAGACUUCGGGGGGGGGGGGGGGGUGGUGUGUGUUUAUCUCGCCCCGGCCCUCCCUACGGUACUUAAUGAGCCAAAUCCAUAUUCAUGUUUUUUUAAUCAAGAUAAUACACGUCGGUCUUACUUGUUUUAUACAACGCCCUUGUUGCUGUCUUGUCCAUAUUUGUGUUUUUUGAGGUCGUAGAAAAAAAAAGCCAUCAGUACUGUCUGUCCUCAUCGUCAUCGCAGUGCUGUCUCACAAUCCCCUAGCUCAGGACCAAACACAGCUGGAGUCAAGCUAAACCUCGAGAUGAUAGCUGGAGAAGCAUCUCUUAUUGUAAGCUCUGGUUUAGAUGGGUUUUUAUCUUGUGAAAUACUGACACAUUUUAGAUUCCCUUACUUGUGUUUUGCGUUUUCCCUACAGAAAACAGCCACUGUAACUCCCUUCUUUCCCUUCUUCAUCUCCUCUCAGCCUCAGUUUUGGGGUGCAAACGCUGUCGGCGAGUCAUUUAAUGACCAGCUUUGUAGAUCACCCCUCGGGCCUGCUGGCUUCUCUCAUCCAGUUCAGCCGUCGCUUUACAUCUUCACACAGAAAUCCCACCCUCUACAGAAGUUGUAUGAAUUAAAUGAUGCUGCUUCUUGCACUCUUAGAUUGUGAACCCCUAAAAUAUGUGUCUCGAUACUAGAGAUGUAACGAUAUAUUGAAUAUCGCGAUAUCACGGUAAAUAAAUGUCUCAAUAAAAAAAAUUUUUUUGAGUAUAUAUAUUUUUUAAAACCUUUAUUUAACCAGAUGGUCCCAUUGAGAUCAUCGAUCUCUUUUUCAAGGGAGACCUGUCCAACAUGGCAGCAAGUAGGUUACAACAUGAACAUAAAACAACAGAUAACACAAAAGGACAUCGUAUUUACAGGGCUACAUGUACAUACCUAGAGACAUUGACAAGUA